GCCUGUGCUUUUUACGCAGUAAUAGUGCUGUUGUACUUCCUGGUUCAACAUUACAAAAAAAGAGUAUUGUGCUUUUUACGCAGCAAUAGUGAUCUCGGUCAUCCUGGCCUAUUACCUGUGUACAGAUCAAGUUACCAAAAUGUUACAUUUUAAAAUAGGAAAUACGUAGGAAUUGAAGUUUCACUGAAUUUAAUGUGUCAGAACAGUUAAUUACAAUUGAGGAAUAUGUUAACUGCAGUAGUUCUUUUGUCAAUAAUUUGCUCAGUUUUUGCUGCAAGACCAGAAAUAGUGGAUGAUAUUUUACCAGAAGUGAAAAAACUUGGUCAAACAGCAUACCUGAAUUGUUCUGUCAUAAAUUUACAGUCUCCAGCUCAGUUACAAUGGAUUAAAAAAAACACAUCAUCUGGAGAACCUUUGCAUAUUUCUUCAGAUGAAACUAUUCGUAUUGACGAAAUUGUUGAAGGACAAAAGAAAUAUGAUGUGGUGAAAUACGGAAACACCAAUCGUUUGAUGUACCAACUGAUUGUCCGAUCUUUAACGGAGACUGAUGCAGGGAACUAUACAUGUCAGAUCUAUCUUCCAAAUCAGAAUUACAAAGAAUGGCCACAAAAGUGGGGUGUUUUAACUAUACAAGUUGCUCCUACUAUAAAAGAUGACAAUGUUACCAGUAUAACUGUCCAGGAAGGACAAAAUAUCACACUGACUUGUGAAGCUAAUGGAAAUCCUGCACCAAAUAUAACAUGGAAAAGAGGAGAUAGAUUCCCCCUCCCUAAUGGUGGAUUCCAGCAAAGGGGUGGUAUUUACAAGGUUAACCACAUCAAUGCCACAGAUCGUGGACAGUUUGUUUGUUUUGCUGAUAACAAUGUUAAACCACCAGCAUCCUACAGAGUACAGAUUGAAGUCAAAUUUGCUCCUUACUGUUCGGCUGUCCAGGAUACUGUAGGUCAGGCACAGAAUCGGAGUUUUCAUGCAAAAUUAGAGUGCUUAGUAGCUGCUAAUCCUAGAGCACAAGUUAUAUGGUAUAAAGAAAACAAAGCAACGCAACAAAAAGAACAAAUUCAGGACAAUGACAAAUACAGAUUAGAACAACAAGAUGAUCAGAGAUUAAAAGUUGAUGAGAAAUGGUACACUCUUGAAAUAAAAAAUGUACAAGGAAAUGAUUAUGGAGCUUAUUAUUGUACAGCGAAAAAUGAACACGGAGAAAAUCAAGCUCAAUUUCAACUUUUUGAAACUAUGGAAUGCCAAGGACAAAACUGUCCAUCUGUUGGAGCUAGUAGACCAGAAAUAGUGCAUGAUAUUUUAUCAGAGGUGAAAACAAUAGGCCAAACAGCAUACCUGAAUUGUUCCACCAUAAAUUUACUGCAUUACAGAGCAAAGAUGCAUUGGAUUAAACAGGCCACGCUAACUAGUCCCCAAAAAAACUUAUCCUCUGAUGAAACUGUUCAUAUUGAUGAAGUUGUUGAAGGGCAAAUGAAAUAUAAGGUGGUGAAAUAUAUAUCAAACUAUGGUGAAAUUUAUCAACUCAUUAUUCGAUCAUUAACGGAGACUGAUGCAGGGAAUUAUACAUGUCAGAUCUAUCAGCCAAAUUGGUAUCACUAUAAGUGGCCAAAAACGACCGGUGUUUUAACUGUGCAAAUUUAUAUUUCAGAAACUCCGAAAUGUGAAGGACAGAACUGUCCAACUGGGAAGGCGUCAUCUACUUAUCAAGUUUCCAUAGUUACGUUUAUUUUCGGACUCACCAUUAUUUUCAGUAUCAGAAAUUGCUUUAAAAGGUGAAUUAAGUUGAUCAUACACUUUACUUACAACACUUAGAAAUAAGAAUAUAUAUAUAAUGAUGUACUUUUUUUUGUUUCAUAAUGAUAUUUUUUAUCAACACUUGCUCUUGUAAUGAUUGCAUCAUAUAGUUGGUAAAUAUGCACCAGAAUCAUGAUCUGCAUGGUAAUGUGCGAAACGAAAGAAAGUAUUUGAGCAAUAUUUUUUCUAAACGAAAAGACAUUUUGCACAUUUACAACAGGUAAAAUGUAUAAAGAAUGACUGUUAUAUUAUUGUUGUGAAAAAAAAAUGGAAAAACUGUUGUUAAUUCUCUGAUAUUUUUUUUAUAACACUUUAUUUAUUAUUUUGUUAUAAUUUCUAUUUUUAUACUUUUUAUGUUAUAUUUUUGUACAUGUACAUUGUAGACUAUGCUAAACAUGUACAUAUUUAUCAUAAUGCAUUUGUAGUGAUUCUUUGGACAUAAAUUUCUGAAAUAUUUUGUAACAAUUUUGAGGUGUAUUUGUUCUAUCUGUCUUACAUUCAAAUAAUUUUUCUCCUCAUUUUAUCAAAUAUUAUCAAACAAUAUUUGAUAAUCCCUUAACCAGUAAAAUAUAACUCAAUCAAAUUGUUGUCUAAUUUUGGAUGAAACGCGUCUUCUGGUUGGCCGACGUUGUAAUGUUUAUCAGCUCUAAUACAUAGUCUUGUUGUGUGACUGUGACAUCAUUGACGUUUAACUUUUUUUCAUGGUUAAAUCCGGUUCAAAAUGGAAUUUAAAUAAGAUUGUUAGAAAUAACUGUUAUAUCUAUCUGUCUAUUAGAAAUAACAUCCAAAAUGUGAUGCACACUUUCAAAUAAUGGGUUAUGUACUGUACACCACAUUUCUGAUGCUAUUUCUUUAUAAACAAAAAGUAUAAGGUACAGUCAUUCCUUACCUAAAUAUCCCAUAUUCGUAACUUUGCUUAUCCAAUAGUAUGUUACUGGAUACUUGUGUUUAAUCAAUCUAUCAUUUGCAUUAUCAUUGCCUCUAGGAGGUCAAUAAUGUAUAAAAUAUCAAAUGUCAGUGUACUAUAUAUAUCAUAAUUUAAUUGUUUUUGUUUGUUUGAAUUUCCAU